GGGAAAACAACCCUACCUGCGGAAAAGAAGAAGAGAGGCGGCCUGGCGCGGCGCCAUGAGGCAAGCUAAUCCAUAAAGGGGAGUGAAAACAUAGCCAGCAGAGAGCCGAGUGAGGAUGGCGGCCCGCACAUGGAUGACGACGCGCCAGCCGUGGGAACGCAAGAUCAUGACGCGCACGACCCACCUGAUCCUCUUCCGACCCCCCAUCCCCAUCUGGCGGCCCCGCAAAAACCUCCUCUCGCCCCCGCCCAUCCAGGUGUCGCGACGGAAGGGCAUCCCGCUCCUGGACAAGCACUACGAUCCGCUCAAGAAAAAGAAGGUGGGCGGCUUCCGCAAGUACCGCCCGCCGCCCAAGCCGCGGCCGCCAAUACGGCGCGACUACAACCCUGGUGACUGCCAUGAGAUGCUCGGCAAGUUCCGAUUUGAGGCUCAGGGGACCUUCCCUGGUGAGUUGAGUGGGACUAGGCUAUGGGGACUGGGCUGACGCAAACGACACACGGGAUGGAUGUUUUGUGUGUUGUGUUCUUCAGAGAGUGGUCAGCUGUUUAUGGAUGAUUUCCGGCGGCGUGCGAGGGAGCUGUACCUGAGGGGAUGGAUCAAGGGCAGAUCCGCAUUCGCCAUCGGAUGUGUAAGUGCGUUGAAAUGACGGGUGACGGCAGCACAGCAUCCAUGGUCUGUGUCUGAUAUGUUCGUGUGUCUGCAGGUCCAGGGUGACGUGUACGCGCUUUCGCACCUGUAAGUAGGCCACGCACACAUGCAUCGAGCCCGCCGAUGGACGCUGUCUGUUGAUCCAUCCAUCCAUCCAUCCAUCCAUCCAAUCGUCCCUUCCUUGCUGCUGUGUGGUGUGUCGUGUGUCAGCCGUCGCUGGCUGGAGGAUCGAUACAGUCCCCACGCCAACAUCGCGUCACUCAAGAUACUCGACGAGAGCUUCGGCAUUCCCGAACUCGAAUACAAGUAGCUAACUGACACACCACACAGACACACAGAACAUGACGACCGCCACUCGCCGCUUACGCGUGUGCGUGUGUGUUCAGGGUGCCGUAUGUGUUUGCGGAUCGCGAUCUGCGAAAGCCCAAGAACGUCGAAAGACACCUCGAGGAGGUCUGUGACUCACUCGUACUCACACGAGGAUGCCGAAUGUGUGGAUGUAUGUGUGUGUGUGUGUGUAUGUCAAUCAGCGUCGUUCUCGCGUCCGUCUGCGCAAGAUGGUGGAGGAGAGCCACGAGCGGCAGAACGAGAUCGAGAAAUUCGUUGAGUCACACUGCGUCAGAACCUGGUGAAGCUGCGUCGUGUGUGCCGCCUCGUCACUUCGCUUUGGCUUUCGACUUGCGCUGCGAUGUCUCCCGGUGAGCACCAUCAGUCCUAGUGCUUUGCUGGCGGGUGUCACGGAGCAGUGGAUGAGGCGGAAGACACCUGCUACUGCCAUGCAGGCGCAUGUUAGAGCCGCAGUGUGUGUAUGUGGAGGAGUGGUUGAGUGAUGACGAUGACAUGGGUGUGGGUGUGCGUAUGUGCACAGCUGUACAGGUAGGUAAGUGGACCGACCGUUUUGUGUGUAUUGUAUGCAUGGACAACUGACUGCAGGGGUGCAAGGGCAUGUGCUGGAAGGAAUGCCAGCCAGCAGCCGGUUGUUUGGGUCUCUGACGUCUCUUCUGUUGUUUGUGACCCAAACACCAGAAGAAAUGACAGAGACCCAAACAACCAGCCAGACAUCCAUUUCCCUCUAUUGAUGUUUACGUAAGCAGUCUCACG